AUGCUAUGGAAGAAGUGUGAUUGUGGGUGUAGCUCAGCACUGGAAAAUACAGAGAUCUUUAAUGUAUCUCAGAGUUGUAUGGAGGACACCAACACAUUCCUCUGGGAAAUUAACCAGGACAGGCCGCAAGACUAUGCUGUUCUCAUGUAUGACGCUUAUGGAAAGAUAGGCAGCAAUGUUGAAGGUGGUAACACAAACCGGCCCGGCUUGCUGGAGCAGUGUCGCUCUGCUCAUGGCCCAUCGUUCUCUGGACAGUACUGCCAGGUGUUCCUUAGGCAGGGAAGAGUCCAGUACUUUGUGGGCAUUUGUGUUCCUGAUUCCUGUGGAGAAGAGGAUGUGCAAAUGCUUGUGUUGUACGGAAGACUUGGGUAUGCUCACACAUCCCUGAUUCCUCCUUUACCAGGCAUCCUGUCCAAUGAUUCAACUCAGGAGUUAAUCAUGACCCACUGUUUGCCCAACACUAUAUCCCCCGGGGCAUCAGAUAUCACCUGUCUGUUUGUGUGUUGCAUUAUGGUGGCAGUUCCUCUUGUUGCCACCUUGUUUACAACUUUAAUAAGGAGGCAGCGGGCCAGAGAGGUCAGUCCAGGAGCAGAGUCCUGCUCUUUAAACACUGGUCUCAACCUCUAUGGGACCAUGAAGACCAACAGCUCAUCCAGUAUUGAUAUUAACAGCAACACUUUAGUGGAAAAUAGUAGAAACAGCAGCAGCCCAAAUCUGCCAUGUUUUCCUCAAAGCUGUGUGUAUCAGUGGCUUCAGGUAUUCUCUCUACAAACUACCAGCCAGGGUGUCUUAAACACCUCCUCAUCUAUCCAAGGAGGAGGCUUUUCAUCCCUGAAUGGCAUCCGUGUUCUCAGCCUGUUAUGGAUCAUAUGUGGACACUCUGCUCAGUUCCCUGUAAUAAACAACUUGGAUAACUACAAAAACUGGAAGAAAACAGUUGAAAGCAGCCCUGUGUAUGUGGUCUCCAUGAGCGGACCUGUUUUUCUGGCAGUAGACACCUUCUUACUUCUAGGGGGUCUGCUGAGUGCAAAGUCUCUGCUGGGCUUCAUUGACAGGGCGGAUGACAAGAUGACCCCCAGUUUGGUGGCCAGCUACCUCUUUAGGAGGAUUAAAAGGAUCCAGCCAUUGCAUAUGUUUAUUAUGUGCCUAACUAUUGGCCUUGUUUCUGUGGUCCACUGGGGGCCCUAUUGGUUCCCAUUCAUAGAUACACUGAUGGACUGUAAGACGUACUGGUGGGCAAACUUACUGUUGAUAAGCAACCUCCUUCCAGUCCAUGAAAUUUGUAUUCCUUGGACGUGGUACCUGUCUUUGGAUUUUCAGUGUUACACCACAACUCCUCUGUUGAUGUAUUUUUACAGACUAAACAAAGAUUUGUUUGCUUUCGUAGCUGGAGGUCUUCUGCUGGCGACCACUAUGACCAGUACUGUUAUAACUGCGCUCUUUCAGCUGCCAGUCUUUCAGCCGUCUACACUGACAUCUGAGAAUUACGUCUUGCAUUACUAUGUGAAACCUUACACGAGAUAUGGGCCCUUUCUAAUAGGGAUCUUGACUGGAAUAUAUUUGACUACAAAGAAAGAUCAGCUCUUAAAGAAGAAGUGGCAGGCAGCUCUGGGUUGGUUCUUCUGCCUGUGCGUCAUGGCUGCAUUGGUUGGACUUGCCUACGUCCUCAGGCAGACACCACACUAUCCAUCUGUGCCGCAUGCUCUUUACCAGGGGUUGCACAGACCGCUCUGGGCUCUGGCUGUGACCUGGAUCAUCGUAGCCUGUGAGGAGGGCUAUGGAGGUUUUAUUAACAGCCUCCUGUCAUUGAAUGUUUGGGUUCCUCUUUCCAACAUUAGUUUUGCAUGCUAUCUGGCACAUCCAGUCUUCAUCAUCCUCUAUAUUGGCCUGCAGGAGACUCCAAUCCACUACACAGAUAUCAACUUUAUGUACAUGUUCCUGGGCCACCUCACGCUCACCCUCAUUGUGAGUUAUGUGCUCACUGUCCUGAUCGAGAAGCCGUACCUCAACUUAAAAUGGAGCAGUACCUAAAACAAGUCA